CGGCGGUUAAAUGAAGCGGGGGCCGGAGGGGCCGGUAUCUGCCGUGGGAGCUGCUGCAGGAAGGAAACCCAAACACAGCUGUCCCCGGAGCUGAGGGAUCUGUCAGCUUGAAACGAGCCAGGAAUUCACCUUGCUCGCAGGCUACCAGCAGACACAUUUGCUGCCCGCAGGCACAAAGUAGGAGUUGAUGCUCUUCUGUCAAUGUAGUUCCUCAUGUGAGCCUGCCUGCCAUGCCUGGGCACUGACACUUGUGGGUACAGCUGUUUAAAAUGGCAGAGAGAGGUGGGAAUGAAGAAGUGAUUAACUUGAACAGCUUCCGCAGUCACAGAGGGAAAGACUGGAUAGACCGCAGGGACGAAGGCCUUAUCACAAUAUCAGAUUCCUCGGAUGAAGAAUUGCCUUUGUUGCUGGAAACGCCAGAAAAGCAGCAGCCUGAGGAGGAUGAUGAUGAUGACGUGUUCAUCUUGGCAGAGACCCCGAAGCAUCAGCAGCCUCUGCGUGCCAAUGUCAUCAGACCUGCUGCUCCAUGGCAGGGUGCAAGCACUGGGGGAGAAGGAGGAUCUGAAAGUGCUGCUGAGCCCUCGAGGAGCACAGAUCUGCAGGAUUCAGCCCUGAGGAGCACGGAUCUGCAGGAUUCAGCCCUGCUGUGCCAGGGAGACGGGUAUAAUCGUGUGGUGGAGGGCAGUGCUGGACCAAGCAGGGAUGACAGUGUGAACUUGGCACUGCAGCAGGCUGGACCCUCUGAGCUUAAUGGCCCCAGCUUUGAACUUACAAGUAAGCAGGAGCCUGGUCCCAGUUUGGUGCUACCAGUAAAGAUGAGUCCACAGCCUCUAGUUAACACAGAAACUGUGAGUCUGGAGAAUGCAGACCUUCCAGCACAAGAGGAGGAAAAGGUGGAAGCCCGGGAAUGGCGAGAGAACGUGGAGACAGAGCAAAACCUCGAAGGAACAGCUGCUGCAACCAGCACGGACCAGGAGAACAGCCAGCUGGGACACCGGUACUUCCCGAUGCCGGAAGACGAGCCACGUGCUGUAGCAAAUGGUUGUGCUCCUCAGCAAGGGCAGCCAGAGGCAGAUCCAGGAUCUUUGAGGGCUUAUGGAGAGAAGGCUCCUGGGCCAGCCUUCCCCCGGCCGGAGCCACAGCAGGACGGGAUUCCAGGCCCUGCUUCUCCCCAGCCGGCGCAUCCGCCCGAGGAGACGGGUCAGCAGGGAGGGAGGGACAACGAGCAGCCAGGCCCGGCCUUCCCCGCACAGGGCUCUCAGGAACUUGGCUCCAGCAACGUGCCAGAACAAGGAGCUGCUGGGCAGGAGCAGGACCUCACUGCACUGCUCAUCAGAGAGACAGAAGCAAGAUUCCCAGAUGUGAAGAAGGAAUAUAUUGAAGAAUUAAUCAUCAUCAAGAACUGCUAUGACUUAAAUGUACUUUGUAACUUUCUUCUGGAAAAUCCAGAUUACCCAAAGAAGGAAGGCAGAGUGGUUUUGAAUCCCAGCAGCAGCCUGCUUGCCAGCCAAGAUGAGACAAAGGUGCCUAAAGUGGACUACUUUGACUUUUCCAAACUUGCCCCCCUUGACCAGCGGUGCUUUAUCCAGGCAGCUGACCUGCUCAUGGCAGACUUCAAAAUGCUGAGCAGCCAGGACAUCAAGUGGGCACUGCACGAGCUCAAGGGACACUAUGCAAUCACACGAAAGGCCUUUUCAGAUGCUAUCAAAAAAUGGCAGGAGCUGUCUCCCGAAACCAGUGGGAAACGAAAAAGGAGGAAAGAAAUGAAUCAAUAUUCAUAUAUAGACUUCAAAUUUGAGCAAGGGGAUGUGAAAAUUGAGAAGCGGAUGUUCUUCCUGGAGAAUAAGAGACGGCACUGGAGGUCCUAUGACAAGCUCUCUCUUCUCCCACCGGUGCUGCUGGAGCAGGAAUUCUAUGAGCAGAAAGUGAAAGAGAUGGCAGAGCAUGCAGACUUCCUCCUGGCUCUGCAGAUGAAUGAGGAGCAGUAUCAGAAGGACGGGCAGAUGAUCGAGUGCCGCUGCUGCUACGGGGAGUUUGCCUUCGAAGAGCUGACUCAGUGUGCAGACGGUCACUUGUUCUGCAAGGAGUGCCUAAUUAAAUAUGCUCAGGAGGCAGUUUUUGGCUCUGGGAAGUCAGAGCUCAGCUGCAUGGAAGGCAGUUGCACAUGUUCCUUCCCCACCAGUGAGCUGGAGAAAGUGCUUCCAGAGAACAUCCUCUGUAAAUACUAUGAGAGGAAAGCUGAGGAGGAGGUGGCUGCUGCCUGUGCAGAUGAGCUUGUCAGGUGUCCCUUCUGUAACUUCCCAGCUUUACUGGACAACGAUGUGAAGCGGUUCAGCUGCCCUAAUCCCCGCUGCAGAAAGGAAACGUGCCGGAAGUGCCAGGGGCUGUGGAAGGAGCACAUGAACCUCACCUGUGAGCAGCUGGCUGAGAAGGACGACAUCAAAUACAGGACAUCCAUAGAAGAGAAGAUGACAGCUGCCCGGAUUAGGAAAUGCCACAAGUGUGGGACCGGCCUGAUUAAGUCCGAGGGCUGCAACCGCAUGUCGUGCCGCUGCGGCGCCCAGAUGUGCUACCUCUGCCGGGCUGCCAUCAACGGCUACGACCACUUCUGCCAGCACCCCCGCUCCCCCGGGGCGCCCUGCCAGGACUGUGCCAAGUGCUCCCUCUGGACAGAUCCCACAGAAGACGAUGAGAAGAUAAUCCAGGAGAUUCAGAAGGAGGCUGAAGAGGAGCAAAGGAAGAAGAAUGGAGAGAACAGCUUCAAGCGGAUCGGCCCUCCCGUGGAAAAGCCCGUGGAGAAGAUCCAGAGGAUUGAAGUAAUCCCCAGACCUGUCCCUCAGAACUUCCAUCAACCCCGGAUGCCCCCCUACCCCUUCGUGCACCCGCCCUUCCCGCUGCCUCCCGUCCGGCCCAUGUACAACAACAUCCCCCUCAACAUCGGCCCCAUCCCCGCUCCCUACGUGCCCCCACUGCCCAACAUGAGGGUGAACUUUGACUUUCCCCAGAUCAAUGUGCAGCUGGAGCCCAACUUGCCUAUGCACUUUGGCCCUCAGCCCCGGCACCGGUUCUGACCUGGAGAGUCACUGCAGGGCAAAGCCACCCCGUCACAUCACCCUCUUCCCUCUCCAGCCCCUCUGGGUUUAGCCAGCAGCCAGGGGACUCACUGUCCCUGCACUGCACCUUCUCUAGGGCUUCUCCAAACCUUUGCAAUCCAGCAUUUGCAACCCUGCUGCAACAGGGCUUGGUGCUGCAUUUCCAAGGGGUGGAAUUCCACCCUGUGUUGGGCAUCCAGAUGUUUUGUUUUGACAAAGCCUGUUCAGGCAGCUGGUGGGAGGGAAAGUGAGACUUUGUGGAGCACAAGGAUACAGCCAUUCCUCGGGGGCUUUCCAAAAAUCCCUCCUUCCUGCUGGCCAGAGCAGCUGCUGCACAGUCAUGUGAGUCUUGGGAGAAGGGUGGAGAGACUUGGCAUCUGAGUAAGACUUUCAGGAACAAGGUAACAGGAGGUGGCUGCCCCAUCCUUCUGCCUGCAGAGAGGCACAGGGUUGGGGUUCCCAUGUUCUCCAGCAUCCUUGGACCCUGCUGGCACCUCCCAGCAGAAAUAAACCAUUCAAAACCAAGUCAAUCUUGCAUUUUUAGCACUCCUCACUCUGCAAGUGGAGUGAGGGGCUGCAGCAGCCAUCCCAUUGCUGAGAUCUGUGGGAAGCCCAGAGCCAUGUUCUGUUUGGGAGGUGUUAGCAAGUGGCAGAUUUGGGCACCCAAAUCCUUGGCUGGACUGAACUUUCCCCCCUUUGAAGGGCUCAGUCUUUUCCCCCAGAGGUGGGUGCUUCCAAAAUGUUGCCUUUGCUUUGCUGUUCUCCUCUGGCAUCCCAAACCUCCUCCAGCUUCUGGCUGCAGUGCUCAGACAGAAGCUGGAACCACCUGGAGCUGAAGCUGUGCCCUUUAUUACAAAAACUGCCUGGGAAACACCCGGAUAGAUGUGUAGGCAGUGCUUUGUGCUGUAGUAGGAAAAGUGGGAACGACUCCCAUAGCUGUGCAUGCAGACAGGGUGGGCCAGGAGCCCCUGUCCCUGAACCCCCACAACCCAACAGGCAACUGUAGCCUCAUGCUGCAGGAAGCUGGCUGCUUCCAUGGCACUAAAUAACUUCUGCAAAUGCGUGUGUCAGCUGUACUGGCUUUGGAAAAGCGUGUUAAAAGUUAAACCUGUGUAUUGCGGGGCUUAGGAAGUGAGGGAAAAGCAAAACUUCCUUGUGAGAAGCGGCGGGUGCAGUGCUGGGCUGUGGGAGGAGGGUGGCACAAAGCCUUUUCCCCACAGCCCUUGGCUCUGCUGUCUGGUACAGGCCCCUUCUAGAAAAGAAAAUAUUUGGAGUG